AUGGCGCGAGAUGAGCCUCUUUUGACUUCGCGCCCUUCCUCCGAUGGCUCGUCGCUUCGAAAUGCCGAAGAGGAAGAUGCCCUGCUUACGGGUGAGCGGGCGGUCCGUCGGGACGAACCACGCCGGGGCUGGGCCUUCUGGAGGGAGAUCGGCAUGUUCGCCUGGGCCCUGAUUGCCACGAUCCUGGUCAUUGUUCUCGCAGUCGUAUACCAGCAUGAGCUUGCCAAGAGUGAGCAACAAUCUCAGCAGUCGUGGGGCCCUAGCGGGAAGCCGACCGGCAAGCGCAACCUGAUCUUCAUGGUGUCAGACGGCAUGGGGCCCGCCAGUCUCACGACGACGAGAAGUUUCCGGCAGCUUACGGAGGAUUUGCCCAUUGAUGACAUCCUCGUGCUAGACAAGCACUACAUCGGCACGUCGCGAACUCGAUCGAGCAACAGCCUGGUGACCGACUCGGCGGCUGGUGCCACAGCGUUCUCGUGUGGACUGAAGAGCUAUAACGGGGCUAUCUCGGUGCUGCCGGGCCACUCGCCAUGUGGUACGGUUCUGGAGGCGGCUGCCCUUGCGGGAUAUAAGACUGGGUUAGUUGUGACAACGCGGUUGACGGACGCGACGCCGGCGUGCUUUGCUUCGCACGCCAACCUGCGCCAGUAUGAAGAUAGUAUUGCGGAACAGGAGAUUGGCGAGCAUCCACUGGGCCGUGUGGUUGAUCUCAUGAUGGGCGGUGGCCGGUGCCAUUUCUUGUCGAAUUCCACGGAGGGCAGCUGUCGCGGCGACGAUCGGGACCUGAUCGAGCUCGCCUCGAAGAACGGGUUCAACUACCUGCAUGACCGGGCCGGGUUUGAUGCACUCAAGGGCGGGGCGGAAGCCAAGCUCCCGCUGCUAGGCCUCUUUGCUGACACGGACAUUCCCUAUGAGGUUGAUCGACGCUUCCAAAAUGAUGUGUACCCGUCUCUAGAGGAGAUGGCACGCACGGCGCUGACUGCAUUGAGCGAUGCUACGCGCGAUAGCGAGCAAGGUUUCUUCUUGAUGAUCGAGGGCUCACGUAUCGACCACGCUGGCCACGGAAACGACCCGGUUGCUCAAGUCCACGAGGUGAUGGCGUACGACCGGGCAUUUUCCGCAGUCCUGGAGUUCUUGGACAAGGACUCCACCCCCGGUGUUGUGGUGAGCACAUCUGAUCACGAGACAGGCGGUCUUACAGCUGCUCGACAGCUGCACAAGAGCUACCCGCCGUACCUAUGGUUACCGCGUGUCCUAGCCAAUGCCAGCCACUCCACCGAGUUCGUCGCCGCCAAAUUCGCGGAGUAUCUUUCCGGGCCGGGCAAGGACGAUGACGACUCGCAGAUGAAGGCAUACAUCCGCCAAAACCUACUGGAAGAAUAUCUCGGCAUCACCGAUCCUGGGGAUAAAGAGUUUGACUCUCUGCUCUAUCCAGACCCUCAGAUAUCCGCACAGGCUGUCUUCUCCGACAUGAUCAGCCGUCGCGCACAGCUAGGCUGGUCUACCCAUGGACACUCCGGUGUCGACGUCAACAUUUACGCCUCCUCUACCGAGGAUGCCUGGCCGCUGGUCGGCAACAGGGAAAAUACCGACGUCGGCGGCUUCCUCGCCGACUAUCUCGACGUCGAUGUUGCCGCCGUCACCAAGCGCCUCCAAUCGUCAUCCUACUGGACCGCUUCUGGCGAGGAAACUACGGUCCAGGAGAAAUACAGUUGGCUGGGCGAUCCACUAGGCUCAAACGUGCGCACCGAGGGCAUGGACACGUACCAUGGCGACUUUAAGAAGCGUUCGCUGGAGGAGGACUGCGGAUGUGGCGCGCUGCAUUAA